AUGCAAAGAGAGCAUGAGGCCGUCUGCCCAGACCUACCAAACCACGCUUGCUAUCUGAACAGAGGCGGACUGCUGCGAGCUGGGCGUUGCCGUUGCUGGCACAGUGGACGAGGUGACGGAGAAUCGAAGCGAGAUGCUCGGCAGGCGGAAGACACCACCGGGGGAAAAGGGGACAAAGGGCGGGAGGGAGGGAGCUGGAGGCUGUCAGGUCGUCUGGCCGCUCGUCGGCGUCUCGUCAAGCGGGUGAAGUUGAGAUUCUUCUUCUUCUUCUUCUUCGCUGCUCGCUUUUUGGAUGUCUCGACGCUAGCCUCUUUGGGAAGCCAGUGGCAGACGCGGUUGAUAGGCGAAGCUGGCGGCAACCGAGGAGAAAAAGACAAGACAAGACAGAAAGGGUCGAGGGAUGGGGAUAGGGACAGCAAGAUGGGGGAGGGGGCAGGUGAUGAUGGUGGUGGUGGUGGUGAUGUUGCAAUGUCGGGAGGUUUGGUCUACGAGCAGCCUAUAUUAAUUGAAUAUUAUAUCCCCAAGCCCAGCUCUACUCAAAGUCACCGGAAAACAUGCCUCUUCUUCGGCUAUCUGUAUGCCUUCUUGUAUCCUGCUGGUUCUAUUCUUUCUAUCUCUCUCCCUAUUACAUCUCAACAGAUUGAAAAGGCCCUGAAGAUGAAGCUGAAAGCAGCGGAAGCUACAGACAGCAAAUACACCCCGGCCAGAGCAAGUAUUCACUAUACCCAGCCAUCAGGAUAUGUGGGUAUCAUUCUGUUGGAGCAUCUUCACAUUGAAUCCCCUUGCUUCAGCGAGCGUAGACGAGACGCAACCACCAGCACCAGUGCAUCAAGCAGCAUCAUAGCUAGCCAGAGCAGUAGCAUCCAUCUUCUCGGUCUCAUCCUUGAAGUAGAGCUUCCCUUUUUCCCAGACGUCUCUGUGUUUGGUGCCUGGCAAGCCUCCCACAGUCAACCACCGUGCAGAUUCCUCAGCCUCUUUUUUUCUUCUUGUUUAAUCUCUGCAUCUGCUUCUUCUUCCUCAUCAUCAUCAUCAUCAUCUCUUCAUCUUCUUCAUCUUCCUGUCCUGUCCUGUCGUCGCCGUCGUCUCGCCGUCUGUUCGUGGCCCUGGGCGGGGACUGAGCUACUAGCGAGGCUGCUCUUCUCCAAAAACUCCAUAAACUCCAAUCCUCGCCUUUCGCCUUCAACUCCCAACGUCAACUUCGACUUCGUCCACUUCCCGCCCACCAGCACCUCUCUAGCAUGUAGCAGUGCUCGAUCUCGCAUCUUCCCGUACGCGAGUCCUGCUUCCCUGCCUCCUGCUCGCUCUCAGCCUGCCCCAAUUCUCGAAACCCUCCCCUUUGGACGCCGCGGGUUCGUGAGCCAGAAGGACCGAGAUUUUUGCCCACUCGCCCCCAGGAGCUUCGCAUCCAUCCUCACACGCGCUGCUGGUCCUCUCCGGCCUGAUAAUAUCUCUCACGAUACCUCUCUACACCUCUCGCUCAACUCCCUCAGCCGGCCGGAGCGAACCACGCGGUCGAAUAACAACGGUAACAAGCCUACUCCGCCGCGCCGGUCGGCUGCUCAGCGGUCCCAGUCGCUGGACGAUGGCGCGGACACGGCCAGCUCGAAGAACGACGCCGCCACCUCUGGAUCGGGCUCUGGCUCUGGCACAAGCACCCGCCAGCAGCGACAGUCCAGGGGCCGCGAGGAAGUCGAGGCCGAUGCCGAUGCCGACGUGACGCUGACGGGAGACGAGUUCGACGAAGAGGGCGAGGAGGAGAUCACACGCUGUAUCUGCGGCCACCAAGACUACCCGGGUCUGCCUGCACACCGCGGCGGCGCCGCUGCUGCGUCCUCAUCCAAGGGCGGCAAGGACGGCGACGGCCAGGGUGCGGGCUCCGGGGCUGAUGCUCAGUCUGACGAUGCCGGCAGCUUGUUCAUCCAGUGCGAUGAGUGCAAGGUCUGGCAGCACGGCGGCUGCGUCGGCAUCAUGGAAGAGGCCUCGAGUCCUGACGAGUAUUUCUGCGAGAGAUGCCGCAAGGACUUGCACAGUAUCAUUGUCGGACCUCAUGGUGGUGGCUGGUAUCUCUCUUGCCUAUUCACCGCCGCUGUGUUCUUGCGAUUCACAGCAUCCUCCAUUGAUUUCUCCGGCACUACGUACACUUUCAAUUGUUCUCGCAACACACGUUAUACACUAUAUAGGAUGGCUUCACUCCCUCCCUUGAGCCCUGCUGCUCUCUCUUUAUCCUCACCACAUCACCCUUCCACCUGCCUUGCUCCUCAGUCACCAGCUUCAUUUGAACUCCGGCAUUCCUCAAAAUCCGGGUCUACCUCAUCGGCAUCCUCAACUACCUCAAGAGAGACCGCAAAAACUUCGAAGGACAAGAAGCUCAAGAGCAGCGAUACGUCUCCUCGCACUAAACGUAGAACCAUGAACAGCCGUGAUGCUGCCUAUGAUGAGGAAGAGCUGUUACGCAGAGCCAUCGAGGAGAGCAAAGAAGACACUGCCUCCCUGGCCGAAGAGACUACUACCGGCCGCAGGGGCAAGAGAAGCCGCAGUGUUAGCGAACUGAACAAACAAGCUGCUAAGAGACAGAGGACAAGCUCGCCUUCCCCCUCUUCCCGCUCAAAACCCUCCCGGCGCAACACCCGUUCUCCCUCAGAAGAAGAAACUAAGUCGAAGACUGCAAGUGUCAAUGGCAACCAAAAGAAAACCAGAGCCACUCGGAACCAGCGCGAAAAGGAGCCUGAGCCUGAACCUGAACCCGAAAAGGAGGCUGCGCCUGAACCCGUUAGCCGACGUAAAGGCAGAUCUGACCGUCGCAAAGGCGAAGACUCUGAACCCCCCGAAACCACUUCUCCCACAAAACCCACUCCAAAUGCACCUGCACAGUCCGCCUCAGAUACACCAACAGCUUCUACACCUGUUUCCAAACCUGCCACCCGCAAAUCCGGCCGACCUCCAGCCCGACGUGGCCGUCUAGGCCGUAACCAGUACACUCGUGACCGUGAUCCUCCCAAUGGCACUACAGACGCCAUCUCCAACUCUCCUCGUCGAGGCCAGUCCCGCGAGGAUGUCACAACAGGUGACUCUCCCACCAGCGCCUCCAACGCAGGACCCAAUGGCACGUAUGCAAACGGCGAGACCGGCAAAGCAAGUCGACCACGCUACAUGAACCCCAACCGCACUACAAUGAACGACAUGCGCCGGCGUGUAGCCGCCAUCCUCGAAUUCAUUUCGCGGCUACAAGUGGAAAUGGCUGCCAGCGGUGAGCAACCGACUCGACCGCCAGGCGACUCAAGUUCGACAAUGGCAACAACAAGCCGUGAUAUGGCAGCCACCAUUGCGAAAGCAGAGGCAAUACUAAACGGCCUAACUAACGGCACAUCGUCGAGCGAAUGCCAAAGCUCGUCAGAUGCACAAGUAGCUCCAACUUCAGCACCAGCUCCUGACGCAGACGCUGCUGGCAAGGACAAGGACUUCAAGGACCUCACCAGCGGCGAGAUGAUGGACGUCCUGACUCGAGGCUUGUUCAAGUGGCAGGAACUCUUCGGCAAAUAUGGUGAUAAAUAA